AUGAAUUCAUUUUUAUCAACUACAAAAACUCGUAAUUUAGCUCUAUUCUACUUGGGUGAUCAAGAAGUACCAUAUCGUAAUAUGAAACGUGUGCUUUUCGAAAUAACUGCUGAUCCAAAAUUUGCUGGUGAGAAACCAUUUGCUGAUAUCACUACUCGAAGUUGUUUUCUCAAUGAAGAAGACGAAGUUCUUAUUAUGUUUGGUUCAAUCUUUCGAAUUAUAAAUGUUGAUCGCGAAACAAGUGGAAUUUCGAUUGUUAAAAUAGAAUUGUGCACUAAUGACAACAAAGAUUCAACUACAAUUUUAAAACAUUUAAAAGAUGAAUAUGGUGGAGGAUAUGGUGAAACAGAUCUUAUUUGUGUCGGUCAAGUUGUUCGUCGAAUGGGAUGUUCUAGUACGGCUGAAAAAUAUUUUCAUCGUUGUCUCAGUUCACUAGGUCACGAAGAUGUUCAUUUAAGUACUUGCUAUUACAAUCUUGCUGUUGUAGCCAACGACAAAGGUGAAUAUCAAUCAAGUCUCGAACUUCAUCUCAAAGCUCUUAAUAUUAGAAUGCGAAUUUUACAACCCAAUGAUCCAGAUCUUGCGGAAAGUUACAAUGGUUUAGGCAAUGUUUAUCGACAAAUGGGGCAAAACGCAAAAGCGCACGAAUAUUAUAAAAAAGCAUUGACUAUUUGGAAGAACAUAUUCAGCAAUAACCAUCAAAAAGUUGCUGUUACAUACAAAAAUAUAGGCAUUGUUUAUUUUCAAGAAGAGAACUACUAUCAAUCUCUUGAAUAUCACAGAGAAGCCUUGUCCAUUCGCCAAAGUCUGCUUCCAGAUAAUCAUCCUGAAUUGGCUGAUUCGUAUAACCAUAUUGCUAUUGUCUACUGUCGUCUUCGUCGUUAUAAGUUAGGAUUAGAAUAUUUGAAUACAUCGCUUAGAAUUUUUCAGAUUUCGCUUCCUCCAAAGCAUCCAUCGAUUGCAAAGGCAUACCAAGACAUAGGUUACAUUUAUGAAAGGAAGCAUGAUUUACAAAACGCAAUUUUAAAUUAUAAACAAGCAAGAGCUAUUUAUAAUGAAGUAUUGCCUGCUACACAUACAACUAUUAAGGAUCUCGAUAAAACUAUUCUCCACGUCGAAUUGAAACUUAAACAUGAACAUUCUACGUGAAUGUAAAAUGAUUCCAUGAGUCAAAUGCAGCUGAAAAUGACAAAACAGGAGAAUUCGAUUGUUCAAUGUUAAUACUAUCGUUGUUGUUUAUGGGUCGGUCGUUAUCAACAAACUUUUUGUAUUAGAAUCGGGAAAAGUAAGUGUAGACAUUGGCUGGUAUGAGCGGCGAGGAAAGAUCCAUCAGUACUCACGCCCAUUUCGAUUCUAAUGUUAAAUGUAAUAAAAAUUACCGCUAUUUAUCUUCAAUACACGUGUAAAGCGCUUCACUUUUUUUUGUCAACCACCGAUUAAAAAAGAAGUUUAUUACAUUGUUAAUAUUUUCAUUCCAAUUUCUAAGCAAGAUCAUUGCUGUGGUUACCACAUAUGAUACAUCUUAUAACACGAGCAAAUAUCAUAUGAACGAAUAUAGAUGACAUGUUUACUCUUUGUAUUAUCAUAUAUAUAUUUUUCAAAAUCAAAACAUAUUCACUAUACUUCGGAUCACACUUCAUUAUGGUAUUAAGAGACGGUCCAUGAUUAAAUCGAGCAUUUUCCUAAAAGAGUAUUAUAUGAAAAAUUUUGACAUAUGUUUUUUAUCAUCGCAAAUGAAAGAGCAUAUAAAAAAAUCUAUAAAUUCAAAAUUUUACCCUUCUCUGAUUGACUUUCGAAUACAUAUGAAAGAAACAAGAAAUAUCCCUCGAUGAAGAUCUAAAAAUAAAUAUCAUAUUUUUUU